CUACCCCAGCCUCCUCCCCCCCCCCUUCUUCUAAUCUCCCAUCCCCUCCCCGCUCCUCCUCCUCUAUAUACCACACCAUACAUACGCCGUAGUCUCUCUUCUCCACUCCUCUGAUCACCAGCCGCCCCGCUCUUCGAUCCCCGCCGAUCCAACCCGGUUUUUUCCUGGAUUCGGUGCCCAGGAAACAAGAAGAAGCGGCUUUGCCUGAUGUCUAGUGUCGCGACCCAGGAGGCGACGUCGGGUUCAGGGUCGGCCGCCAGCAGGAACAAACGCAAGUUUCGCGCCGAGCCGCCCUCCGGUGAGCUGGGCCCCUUCGGCCUCGAGUACCCACUCACGGCGGACUGCGUGGGGUUCGAGUUCAUGUCACCUGAGAAGGCUGCGGCGGCCGCCGCCGAGGGUGCCAAUCUGGACCUCAUCCCCAGCGCGUGCGAUGCCUGCAAAGGCAUCCACGCCACGGCUGAGGAGCUAUUGGAGUGUCAACGGUAUGUGAAUUGGAGUGACCCGAAUGAGGCGCAGCUGGAGGAGAUCCUUCUCAAGAGCCUGGAUACCACCUUCGACAAUGCUGUCGGUGUGAUCACCACAAUGGGCUACUCAGAGGCUGCUGCCCGGGCUGCGGUCGUGCGGGCAGCUGCGCAGUACAACUGGAGGGAGAGCCUUGCUGGGUUCGGCGAGGCAGCGGUCGAGGUGCUCAAGACCGAGGGGGACUUGCUACCUAGGGAUGGCUCCUCCCUUGAGGACAUGAGGAAGAUUGAACAGGCUGUGCUCGGCACCUUGAUUGGGGUGGUCAAUGAGGCCCAGCCGUUCUACACCACAGGCGAUGUCAUGUUUUGCCUGCUCAUGUCAGAUAUGAAUGUUGCCCAUGCCUGUACCAUGGACUACAGCUCUGCUUCUCUUCCGGCGUUGGGUGCUCAAGUGAUUGCACAACCAGUUGCCGGGAACGGCGAACCUGGCCCAAGUCCUGACCUUUCUGUUUCCAUUACCCACCCACAGACUGGCAUUACUUUCCGCGGAAAACUUACCCCAGUGCCACCUGGCUCUUACAAUGCUGUGAAAGCUGAUUCAUCCACAACAUCAGUGAGCCCCAAUGUCCCAAAUGGCAAGCCAUCUACCUCUGCCAAGAUGCAUCCUGUGGUACCAAAUGUUAAGCCAAAAGAACACCCUGCUGCUAUGCCUGAUCAUUCAGAGGAUCAACCAUUUGUUGCUGCUGCGACGCAAUCUGUCAAGGAUGAUAAGCCAUUCCCUAGCAAGAGGGGAAGCUCUAAGAGGGAUUCCUUGCACCGCCAGAAGUUGAUGAGCUUUGAUAAAAAUUCCCGAGCAUUGGGCUCUAAAGGAUCUCUUAGGUCUGGCAAGCAUAGCUCUUCUGCCAUUGCAGCACUAGAGAGGAAGUGCAGGCCGCUUCCAGAUUCUGCUACCUGCAGCUUGAAAUGCCAAUCAAAAAUUGUAAAAGGCUUUGCUGCAAGCAUGAAAGGCUCAGAAUAUGCAGUUGACCUUUCUUUUACUGCCACUGGUACCAUUGCCUCUAUUCCAUCAUUUGAUGCCAAGACAACCAAUAAUGCUGACCCAGCAUCAGCUGCUAGCACAGAAUUGUCAUUGUCAUUGCCAUUGCCUUUGCCUUCACCAUCCUCAGGCGAUGGUUCUGCUCCAUCUUUGAAUCAAGAUUCUAAUACUGAAGCUGUAGACCCUAGCAGCAAAAUUAACUUUGCAUAUGAUGAGGAUCAGAAGGUCUGGGUUCCACAAGAUAAGAAGGAUGAAAUGGUUUUGAUUCUUGUCCAGAGGCAGAAAGAGUUGCAAGCACAUAUGCGGGAUUGGAGGGACUGGGCUAUGGAGAAGGUGAUGCAGGUCACACGACGACUUGCCAAGGAGAAGGAGGAGCUUCAGUCACUCCGGAGAGAGAAGGAAGAGGUCGACCGACUUCAUGAGGAAAGGCACUGUCUGGUAGAGAGCGCUCGGAAGAAGCUUUUAGAGAUGGAGUCUGCAAUUUCCAGGUUAAGCGCUCAGCUGGAUAAAGCAGAUGCUUCCGCUCGUAGGCGCGAGGCUGAAAAUGCACAACUUAGGGUACAGAUGGAAGCUGCAAAGCGGCAUGCGGCUGAGUCCGCAGCAAAUUUUGUGGAGCUUUCAAAGAAGGAUGAGAGCAGUCUUAAAAGGUCCCAGUAUUGGGAAUCUGAAAGAUCCAUGUUGCAAGAGCAGCUUGUAGCAGAAAAAAGCAAACUAUCCCGGGUUCAGCAACAACUUCAGCAUGCUAAAGAGAAGAAAGAACAACUGAAGGUAAGGUGGAGACAGGAAGAGGCUGGGAAGACUGAAGCAAUUGCCCAUGUGACCUCAGAGAGGAAAGAGAGGGGUCAGAUUGAGACAUCACUGAGGUCGGAAGAGAACUUCCUGCACCUUAAAGCUGAGAAUGACAUGCAAAGAUACAAGAGCGAGAUCCGUGCUCUCGAGCAGCAGAUCUCGCAGCUGAAGGUGUCCCUCGACACCUCAGCAGCCGCUGCUCCCAAGUGGAAUACAGACGACAAGACCCGUCCCUCACGUCUCUCCGAGGGGAGAAAGAACGGGAACACACAGGUUCUGGCCAGGGUUGCUGCAUCGCCUGCCCUGGACAUUGAUCUCGAUGACUUGCAGCGUGACCGGGAGUGCGUGAUGUGCCUUAGCGAGGAGAUGUCAGUCGUCUUCCUCCCCUGCGCCCACCAGGUGGUCUGCGCCAAGUGCAACGAGCUCCACGCCAAGCAAGGGAUGAAGGAGUGCCCGUCAUGCCGGGCCCACAUCCAGCGCAGGGUUUGUGCCCGCCCCAUCGGCCGUUGAGAAGAUUUUUGCUUCAUUAUACCAUUUGUUCUCCUUUCUUUUUGAUUGCCCAGCUUGGAUUUGAUGGGAGAUUAUUAGAGAGAAUAAUGCUUGAGCCGGUGAUCGGUUGAACAAUAGUACUUUGGUCGUCGUACAUCGUAUACCCCCUACAAAAUUAUGGAUGAUGGAUAAUGGAUAAUGGAUGGUUAUAUGGAUA